GGCCUUGCCAGUGUCCUUCGGCCGCCGCUGAGGAGGGAAGGGGAAAGAGAGGCUAUGGGUGGUGCGAGGGACCAAGCUCUGGGCUGCUGCGACACUCAUCCCCGACUCGUUGCGCCGUUGCCGUGGGGCCGGGUGCUGGGAAAGAGAAUGGAGGGCAUGAUGCCAGCAACGUGGGCUCGUUGCCUGUUUACAAAGUCGAGAAUUCCAGACUCGGUAUUUCAGCCACGGCCUGAAGAUCAUGAAAAGUAUGGAGGUGACCCUGAGCAGCCCCACAAAAUCCAUGUUAUUACUAGAAUAAAAUGUGUAGUUGGUCGCCCGUACUGGGAAAAGAAGAUAAUACAUGAUCUCGGAUUGGAUAAAGCACAUCGGCCAAUUCUGCACAAGAACAUCCCUUCUGUGAAUUCCAAGCUGAAGAUUGUUAAACAUCUGAUAAGAAUACAGCCACUGAAACUACCUUAUGGAUUACCAACAGAAGAAGAAAUGUCAGACACCUUUCUUACAAGCAAGGGAGAGCUUGUCAUUAAACGGCAUCUGAAAUCUGUGGAACAGAAAAAAAUUCAGCCAUAAUUGUGCUGGUUGGAUUUAUAUUUCAUCAAAUAAUAAUUUGAAUCCUGCGUAAAGAGUUUGUGUAUGAAGUGGAAGCUUGAGUCUUACCCUUACCUUGCCUGGUUAAGAAGUGAUGGAGGUGACACUGAUGCUUAAAAAGAUUACACGUGUAUAAAGUUCAAUAUUAGUAUUACCUGGAAAUAGUAAAUGAAUUAUAGGCUUUC